GCUUUAUUCUAAUCUUCACACACGACUCGCAAAGCGAAUUGAAUUCGCGCCUAUUUGACAGCCCUGAUUCAGCUGGUUGCGCAAUGUGCAAAGCCCAACGUAUAUACAUGUACACAUACAUAUAUAUGUACACAUAUAAAAUAUAUAUGUGUGUUUGAUAGUUAUCUGUGUGUGCGAUAUCCGUGUAUUGCAAUCGGCCGCGAAUAUCACCGACGGGAUGGCGCGAUGAAUCGUUGAAACCGAUAGUCGCGAGUGACCGAGCUCCGGUGGGCUCCUUGCAAAACAAUUAUUCGUAUCGUCGUUGUCAUCAUCGGAAAUUCGUUCACGGCGGACACGAGGUCGACGCGGGAAGACAGCGGAUGAACGAGCGUCGUUCCGGCGCCGUUGGCGAUUAUCGUCGUCGUGGACUUCGAUGCAAAAACGUGACGCCCGGCCGUUGACGUGGCCACGCAUCGUCCGGGGACGCACGCGACGUUGCGAUACGCCACGGCCGGAUACGCUACCGAUCGCCAGUGAGGUCGGCUUUGUGAGACUCGCGGUCGAGCUCUUGAACAAUUUCGCGCCCAGGCAAACAGAAUGUCCAGCUCGUAUGUCGUGGAACCACAGGACAGCAGUUCUCAGAAGAAGGACGAUACGCUGAUCAUUGUUGUCAACGAUGACGGGGUAAUAUCUGUCGAUCAGGCGACUCUACAGAACUUGAUAAUGAAUCAGUCAAGCACUAAUGUUAGCGUGGUAAGAUUAGGACAGGCUGACGCAGAUAAUGAAAACGGAGAUAUUACCUUGACAGUAGAUCCACCGACAUUUGCUCAUUCUACAGCAAGCUCGGUAAGCGCCAAUGCCAGCACCGACCCGGGUGGGUUGGUAGAUCCUUUUAUGGAGAUGGAUCCAGAACAGCUGGAAAGAUUAGAAACAGCUCUGCAAAGUGAAGAGGCAAAGCAGAUACUCGGAGAAAAUGUCACUGCAAUGCUUGAUAUGUUGUCGCUAGAAGAGCAGCAGAAUACAAUGCGACAUAACAUACGACUGGACCAUUGUUACACAUGCAGAUUUUCGCCCAGCGAUCCAGCGCCAAGAGACCCUUUGCCAGUCGUUGAAGAUUUGGCUGACACCUGUAUUAAUAUACAAUAUAUGCAUCAAUCGUCCUCUCCUCGAACAUCUCUUUUGUCACAGUCUAUGAAUGACAUGGACAAUGCUGGAGUCAAGAAUAAAAAUACUGCAAAAACCAUAAAUAUACUACAAAGCAAACAGAUGAGUAGAACCAUACGUAAGACUGCUACACCUGCAAAUGUAACCGGAUCUUCCAGAAUCAAUACAAACAUCGUUGGGACUCCAAAAUUGCCAGGGCAUCAUUCAAUACCGAGAUACAUAACAACUGUUCAGCAGGGAACAGCUAAAUUACAAGGUAAAAGUAACAAGGAAGAGGAAGAUGAUGAAGUCACAGAAUCGUCUUCAGAUUCUUCGGAACCAGAACCAUCCGAUAACGAUAGCGAUUCAGAUUUUGGCCCCCGUAGUUCCAAGAGGAGCAAUGCUAGGUCUCGAGGCGGGCGGAAAGGUCUCACUACAAGAGGCGGUAGUAUGACGGCUGUUCGAAGGAGAGGAGGUCAAAACAAACAAAUGGAUAUGGAACAAGUACGACUAUUAGACAUGGAGAUGGCUGCUGCCGUUAAUGCGAUGAAAACUCCUGAAAAGGACGAUAAAUCGGAGCGAUUUAGUCCUACUAAGAGUAAGAGGCAAAUUAAGACGCUCGGUGGGAAGAAGAAGGAGGAAUCGCAAUUUACCGAAGUCACUCCAUCUGUGUCGCAAGAAUCGUCACCGGCAUAUGAAAAACCACUGCAAACGACGAACCAAGUGAAAGCAAAUUUGAUUAAUGCCAAUAUGAUUAAGGAUGACAUGAUACUGACCAAACUUGGGCAAGGGAGAAGUCAGCAGAGGGUUACUUUUAUUCAGAAACAAAUUCCAAUGAAACCGAACGAGCUUAAAAAUAUUGGGCUUAAGAAGGCCAUGUUAGUUUCUAAAGAAAAGAUAACUCAAUCCGGUGCAAAGUUUUUAGCGACCAAAGAUGGGAAACUGCUACAAAUACCAUUGGCGUCCAAAACGAUUCCAAACACGCAGGUUACUCCAGUAAAGGCAAUAUUGACGCAACAAGCCACGUCGCAACAAUCUGUGACACAGCAACCAAGUGCAAACCAAGGUUCGCCGACGCAACAACAACCGAAAAUCACUGUCUCGGUUGGCACGCCGAUAAAAAUUAAACCCAGCGAUAUAAAGAGGGAAAAGAGGAAAUCUGACACCAGCAUAGAAUCACUUUUGAAAGUGGAGGAAAAUUCCCCUGUAAAAUCUCUAGAAAUUAAGACUCUAGAUAGUGCGAAGAAGCCUAAAAGGGAUAACCGGAAGGCCCCAGGUUUUGUAGCCGAUAGUCUAGGUCCUGCGCUUUUUUCAACACCAGAUAUAAUUCGACGCGUAGGCUCGAAUAGUGACGGCAAGGUCACAGAUAAUCCUACAACACCUACGACUGUAUCCACACCAUUUGCAACAGUAAUAUCUACAUCUGUGUCGCCAACCAGCCCCGUUUCCACAACAGUUUCGUUGAAUAUUGGCAUCUCUCCUAGUUCAAACAUAGUGCAGAAUCCUUCUACUAAAAAGACAAUAUUUAAUGCUUCUGAACAGUCUGUCCAGCCAGAGCCGCAAUUAAACCUUGAUGGAAGUAACAGUAUAACACCAGAAAGUGAAAAUGAACAAAAAUCAGAAAGCAAGCCGCCACUCACUGAAGAAUUGCAACCAUCGCUAGAUACAGGUGGAAUUGAAGGAGAAGAGCAUUUAUUAACCACAUUAGAAAUGGAAGCUAACAAACACGAGGAAGAGCUACUUGCUGAAGCUUUAUUGUUACAAGAGGAACUUGGAGUUGAUUUACCCGAGCAUCCCGCACUAGGUGAUCCCAGGCCACGAGUGAUACCAGAACCGCUGGCAUCGGGUAGCAUACUUAUGCCGACAUUGAUACCACCCGAACAAGACUCCAAGCCAGCAGAGGUAGUACCGACGGCACCGACAAAUAUGCCGAAAGAAACGAGCAAAAAGCCCACCAAGGACGAUAAGGAAGUCAUUCAAAUCAUUCGGGGCAAUCGUGUGAUUAAGUUACCACCUAUUGAAGCACCCGCUACUAGAAGUAAACGAUUGCAGGCAAAAUCUGAGACGCCGCAGAUAAAUCCCGAACCGACGAAGAAAGUAGAAAAGCCCGCUCAAGUAUCAGUUCCGCCACAAGCACAUAACAAGGACGAGUUCAAAAUGGGACAAAUAAUGAAUGCAGAAGAAGAGGAAGACGAUGAGGAUGAUGAAGAGGACAAUUCAGAUUCAGAAGAUGAUCCCGACCGAUUAUGGUGUAUCUGCAAACGGCCACAUAACAAUCGAUUUAUGAUAUGCUGUGAUGUCUGCGAGGAUUGGUUCCAUGGAAAAUGUGUGCAUGUCAGCAAAGCCAUGGGUCAACAAAUGGAGGAGAAGGGUAUAGAGUGGGUUUGCCCAAAUUGCCUAAGAAAGAAAGCUGAGGAAGAAAAGAUGAAAUCGAGCUCGCAAUCGCUACUUGCAAAACAAAAAGCAAAGGUUGAAUUUGUAGGUGAUGCACCUGUGCCAUUGAAAGAAACACCUCCGUCAAGUUCUUCCACCGACCACAGCGCUGCUCCAGCUUCUAGCACAAUGCAAUGUGUUGUCUGUAAGAAGGAAGCCAGAAAUUCCAGCAUUUAUUGUUCAGACGCAUGUAUACUCGCUCAUGCCCAAGAGACUUUAACCAAGGAAAAGCCCGUACCAUCUGGAUCAAAUAUAAAACCUACAAAAUCAUCUGUGACAGAAGCCGCGAAGGCAAAACCCGAGGCUAGAGUAGUAGUCUUCGAUAGAAAAACCGGUAAAGUUCUUACCGGUGCAGAUGCUCCUCUGAGAUCUAGUUUGCGAACAUGGUUGAAAGACAAUCCAACUUAUGAAAUAGUCGAAGCUAAUAAUAUUAAUACACUUCAAAUAGGCGGGAAGUUCGUCACACAAAUCCAAACAUCUGGAAAAACUGCAAAAAUUACGCAGAUAUCCCCGGUUAAAGUGCAAAGUAUGCCCAAGAUGAUCUACACAAAGGUAGUAGGAACCAAACAAACCGUUUUAGCACCUAACAAAAAAAUUACAAUAAUUCCCGCUAUGCAACAGCAAGCGAGCGUAUCACCGGGAAGUAAACCGGCACAACUGAAACAGACGAUAAUUUCCGCGUCAGGAAAGAGCCCUUUAAUAUUGAAGACAUCGAAAACCGUGACGCAAUUGAAAACCCAAGCGGCAGGCUCGCCGAAGCAAACGCCGAUUAAAAAGCAAGAAGCGAAGUCGUCACCGUCCCAACUGAAGCAACAAACUAAAUUAACGCCGGUAAGAAAGCCAGAGACGGAACCCAUACGAGUGAAUAUCCGUAAGACGCUAACGGAGCUGCUGUCCAGUCGUAUAAAGGAAACUGAAGAUCUGAAAAUAACCGACGACGAGAUCGCCGAAUUGGCCUUCAACAUAGAACUCGAGAUGUACAAGUAUUUUAAGGACACUGGUUCUAAAUACAAAGCAAAGUACAGAAGUCUCGUGUUCAACAUAAAGGAUACCAAGAAUUUGACGUUGUUUAGAAAGAUCGCGGAUCGUUCAUUAACGCCGGACGCGGUGGUACGAUUAAGCCCGGAUGAAAUGGCCAGCCAGGAAUUAGCCGAGUGGCGCGAGAAGGAGACCAAGCAUCAGUUGGAAAUGAUAAAGAAGAACGAACUGGAUUUGAUGGCUCAGGCCAAGUCGAUAGUUGUGAAGACUCACAAGGGUGAACAGAUAAUCGAGAACGAUGGUGGAAUUGAUCACGUUGAUCCUAAAACGCCGGUACAGGAUAUCGUUUCCGCGUUAAAUAAUGGUGACAACAUAAGUUCCACGGUCGACGAUCUGGAGAAGAAUAAAAAUAUGGAGGAUAGACUGAAGGAAGUGGAAACAAAAAAGUCCAAGGGUGCUGAUGAACGAAGGAGGAAAGACAAAGAGAGAGGAAGAGAGCGCGAUGGCGGGAAGUCCAAGAGUAAGGAUAGACGGGAGAGAAGUCGCAGUCGACAUCGUCGCAGUCGGGAUCGAGAUCGUAGCAAGACGCGGGACAAGAGCAAGGAGCGAAAGUCGAUCAGGAAUAAAGAGAGCAGGCGCGACAAGGACAGAGAAAAGGAUAAAGAUCGAGAUCGGAACAAGGAUCGGGACAAGACGAGCAGAAAGGAGAGCAGGGAGCGAGACCGGCUGAGAGACAAGGACAGGCACAAGAGUAACGACGAUUGUUCUAGGAAUCGUAGCGGGAGUAGAGAAUCCAAGGAUGUCGAUAAACGAGAGGAGGAACGUAAGAAGGAGAUGGAGAAGAAGAAGGAAAUUUCGCCGCCGCCUGCAGAAAAGCCGAUAGAGGACCGCCUCUGGCGGCAUAUAGAGGAUGAGGCGACAACGAAUACGAUCGACGGUAACGAUUCCGAUAUAUCGGAUAGAGAACCCAGUUCUACUGUCACGAUCAAAACGCCCGAUAUAAAUGAGGAACCCGAAAGAGACAAGGAACAGGUGAUGGACAAGGAAACGUCGGCGAAGGGUAGCUGGCAGACAGUCUGGCGCGGUUUCGUCAACAUGGUCGACGUUGCCAAGUUCUUCAUAACCGCCCAGGAAGUGAGCGGCAACGCCAAGGAUCUUAUAGAUGAUCUACCGGACACGGUCGAUGUUGUCGGUAGGAUCAGCCACGAGACCGUUUGGGACUAUAUCUCGAAGAUGAAGAGGAGUGGCUCGAAGGAGAUUCUAGUCAUCAGAUUAACGGCUGCCAAUGAUGAAGAGAAGAUUCCCUACAUAACUCUGUACAGUUAUCUGAACAGUAGAAGUCGUCUGGGUGUUGUUGGUAAUGUUUCGAAAAACAUCAAGGACUUUUACAUAAUGCCAUUUUCGAGUCAGAGUACAAUACCGCCGGUCCUGAUGCCACUCACCGGGCCCGGCUUCGAGGAGAACCGGCCGCACUUGCUUCUAGGCAUUAUAGUUCGCAAUAAGAAGAAACGAUUGUCGGUUGUGCCACCGGUAUCGUCGAAAACAUCCAAGACAUCUGACAGAAGUUAUACUCCGCCGUUGAUCGGCGCGCCGAAAGAGAAGUCUGUGUUGCCAUCGCCAUCCUCGUCUCCUAUGUUAUACAAAACGAUAGCACUAGACUCGAAAGAGAAGACGGCGGCGGCAGCGACUCCGACGGCAACGGCAACGGUGACAGCAGCGACAGUGACGCAGAUGACCCUGGAAUCUCUGAACAAAGCGCACAUAGGUAUGUCGCGUGGUGUCAUAGACACCGCGACGAUAUGUAAGAUUGUGCCGGAAUUGUCGUCAAAGAUCGUUGACCUGACCUCGUCGCCCGGUCGACCUGAUGUUAUCACAUUGGACGACGAUGGAGAUGAGCCGUAUAGCCCUGGUGAUGAUGAUGAUGAUGAUGAUGAUGAUGAUAUGAAUCUGCAAAGUACCGACACAACCACUAGCAUCUUAUCUUCGUCCAACAAGAACCCCACGGAGUUACAGAGGAAGAUGGACGAGCUGAACCGGCAGAUUGAGGAGCAGAAGCAACAGAUUGAGGAACAGCGGCAACAGAUACAGAGCAUUAGCUCGUCGUUUCUCGACGAAGCGACACCCACUUUGCCGGGUCUGGGUCUGGAUCCGCCCACCGACGAUUGCGAUGAGGCUUACAGUCCAUCGAACGCGCGGUCUUUCACACCGCCGCCGCCCAUCUCCAAGUUUGCGCAGCCCAUCCUCGAUAAAGUCUCUGACAUCACCAUACCGCCGAAUCUGCAGGAGAUCUUGGCGAACGUAAAGCGGCAGGAGUCCACCAAAGUGGAUCCUUAUCUCCCGUCCAAGCCCAGCGCGUCGUUCUUACCCACGCUUUACCAGAACACGGAGAGAUAUUCGCCCACGCCCACGCCCUCGUCCAGGAUCAGUCAGUCUGAUCAGAAAGCACCGCCGGAAGCUGCCAAGGAAACCAAGAGCACGUUGAGUACUUUGAGCGAUCUGGAUCUAAUCCGAAAGGCUGAGGAAGAGCUGGCCGCAGUCGCGUUAGCGGCGGCAGCGGCGUCUGCAGUGCCAGUGCCACCGCCAUCCUCUUCCUCUUCAUCCUCAUCAUUGUCGUCCGUGCACGUUUUAACACCACCUCCUAUCGGCUCUGCAAACGACACGCCUACAUCGCCAUCGCCGCAGGUUCUAUCGUCGCUCCCGCUUCCCGCGGAGUCUGCGUCGGAAGCAGACAAACUGAGCAAGUCGAGUCCUUCGGAUCCCUUCAAAAAGAGUUUCACUCCCGAACAACCGAAACCUCCCGGUCUCGAGGACGAAGAUUUCCCCACCUUUCCAUCGACUCCACCAGCCAUGGACGUCUCUAAGGAAACGAGCGCAUCCCACUCGAAAGUUUCAUCCAAGAGCGGCAUUGUGCUGAACGUCAAGCGGAAGUUGAGCGACAACGGUAGCUCGCCGUCGCCUACCAGAUUACCGAGGAGGAUUACAAAGUCGCGCUGGGGUCAAAGACCGUCCGAGUAAGACGGUUCUCCGCGACUUGCGCGGUGUGGUGAUCUUCCAGUACGUAAGGAUGUACGAGGAUGUUAUGUACUUUCUGCGCGCUCUUGUCCAGUGAAAUUGCGUCUUCUUUUCACAAGGAGGAAAGGAUCAUCCAAGGAAACGAUAGACUAUUAAGAAAGCUAUGCUGUAACUUGUAGUAGAAUUGUACAAGGCGUUAUUUUGUUCUCCAUUAUCGAACUUUGCGCGUCAGUCGGGUGUGGUGUAAACGACUGAAAAGAAAAAAAAUGUGUAUAUCAGAAAUUGUCAACGCGAAAGAGAGCGAGAGGAAACGAAUGCGAUUGUAAACGCGAAACCGAGCCGUGUUUGAUGGUAGCGAAUUGUAUGCAUUUCCAUGAACGCUUUUCGAUAUAAGGUCGAGAAAGACAUUAUAUUCUCAGCAAGUAUCGAAUGUAACGGUGGUGUCUUUACUGUCGUACUCUGGUGUCGAGAUUGUCCGCACUCUUAAGAGAGGAACGGCGGUAUGAAGCUGACAGUGUAUGUUUCACGGGAAACUCGUUCGCGAGGAAACCUGGACGAUUGUACCCUUUUUCCGCAGACCUCUAUUUCUGCUUAAGAACGUACAUUUUUCACCACUUUGUGCUGACUGACGUUUCUUCUAUGUCGAAGGAGGAAAUGCGGGGACAGUUUUGAAGGAUAUCCAAAUUAGCCUGUCAUUCGUGUUGAAAUGAUGCACAGCGUAUCUCAAAACCAGUUUCACAAACGUCGGUUGACUUCUCUAUCUUUCUCUUAUUACUAUCUUAGAAGGGAUAGAGAUUUAAUCUCCAGUUAACUGACGUUUGUGAAACUGACCUAAAGGAGUGAGAGAGGAUAAAAUUCGGAGACGAAAAUUCUGUUACUUUUUUUCCGGUCUUUGUGUACCGAGUUAUUUAACAAUUAAAUCAACCGGUUUUCCUUGCGCGCUCGUACCGAGCAGAUCGAGCGGCGCGAGAGCCCUACAUUUAACGCCCCUACUUUCAAAAUUAAUGACUGGCGCAUUAUUGUAUUUAAAAUCAAGACAAUAAAAAUGAAAUAACGUGGGAAAUAUACAACAUGACCAUUGAGUGGCUAGUCCGUGCGUCUUGCGCCGGAGAUAAAUGUCACGCAGGAACAUUCGUUUCAGAAUUGUACUCCUUCAAAGGUGAAUUGAGUUUUGGGACACCUUGUUUAAACGCGAGACUGAUUCCGACGCUGACGUCUUUGUAGCUGCUCUGCAGUUCAAUAUAUGACUGUUGUACUGGAAGACGUGUGCGUGUGCGUGUGUAAAUCUUGACGCAUGGCUCGAUCGACGUACGUGCGUCGAGUCAGUGAUGGAUGUUGCUGGAGAUACAUGUACUAUCCUUGUAAAUACCAAAGCAAAAACGUAUGGGUGUGUGUAUGUGUGUGUGUGUGUGUGUGUGUGUGUGUGUGUGUGAACAAAACUUUACGGUUGCGAUAGCACCCGCCCUCGUAUAUGACAUACGCAGUUGCUGCGCUCGAUGGAUACAUAUAUGUAAAUACACAUAAGCAAGUGCUGCAAAAUGAGUUUCUGUAAUAUACUUUAUUAACAAUUUCACCUUGUCGUCAGAGGUAGUCGGUCACUUUCUUGCACAAGGUUGAAUAUACAGGGGUAUCCUUCUCGAGAUCCGAAUACCGUUUCUCUUUAUCUUCAAAAAGAUGGAGCUGAUUUUCGAGAAAUUGCAACUGUGGAAAAAUUAUAUACAUAUAUAUAUAUAACUUUUUAAUGUAUUUUCGAAUAUCUAUUUAACUCAAAGUAGUAGCUAUGUAAAAUUAGCUACGAAACUUGAAGAUAUUUCGGACACGAUGCCAUUACGUUUAAAUUAUUUUUUUCGUCGAUGAAAACCUUCGAGGAGACUUCGUUAAUUCAACGACCGUUGCGAUUGAAUUAUUCUUGAUGCGAUCGAAGCGUAUCCCUCAUUGAGAAGUGACAAAGUGUUCCCGAUUGCAACAUUUCCCAUUGUAAGAGUGGCAGAUUGAGCGAUAUUGCGAUGUGAGAAGGCAGAUGUGUUUUAGGAUAAAUUCUGUACUUUAAGCAAACAGCGAUGUAUAUAAUUCGCGCAAUUUUGCUCUAACCAAAAAAAAACCACUAAUAACACGCACCACGCGACAUACACACACAUAUAUGAUAUUCGAUUGUAAUUGUACACAAGGCGCAAAGCUAAUAUUGUAUACGUGCGUACUUGCUGUAUACACAUUUUACAUGCAUAUACAAUAUAUAUAUUAUAUACACACAAAUAUAUAAUUAUAAUUAUAUGUAAUUAUAUAUACAUAUAUAUACAUGCAUACACGCGCGCGCGCGCGCGCGCGUACUUACAGCAACGUGGUACAUUUUAUCUUGUGUGCGCGUGUGCGUGUGUGUGUGUGUGAUAGAUAAAACGUACUAAGUAGCUGUAAGUUUAUUCUCUUCCAUAAUAUAAUUAGUUACUAGGAUCGCUAAUAUACAUUCAAAGCAUUUAAUUUUUUUGUAUAUGUGAUGAACACAUCGUUAAAAUGCGUAUGAUGUAACAUAUCGCGAUGUUCAUGCAAUUAACUCGUUUGUUAGCAAUUUUUAAGAACUAUCCAGUAUACACCAAUAAUUACAUAACAUGUAACUAUAAUGGCUGUAUAUCGAUAUUAUAAUUUCCCGCUCAACGCUAUAAAUGUAAUGUAACACGUGUUGUACGCAACAGUUGUAUUGUUAAGCGGGAAAUUAUGACGUUGAUAUUACGAUGAUUGUAUAUGUAUGAUACUGUUGAUUGGUGUUUACUGGGUACUCAUUUAAUGGUAGGAUAGAUAUUGAUGUACGACAUUUAUAUUUACAUUGUAAAAUUUCUGCGUUACUGUGUAUCGUUUAAGGCUAUUUACUUCCGAAUCUUGAUACGAAAGAGAUUUAGGGAAAUAUCGUUGUGGUACGCUUUUGUUAUUGGUAUGACGAUAUUGAGAUGUAAGUAAAUUUCGCCGUCUUUUUCGUG